GUUCUUCUCACUUCUUAGACCGCCCAUCCAGUUUUCUUAAUCCAAAAGCAAACAAAAUUCCCCCAAGAAUCAGCCAAAAACAGAAAUUCUAAAAUUUCCACUCCUGAUCUUGUAUAAAUUGAUCUCUCUCUUAACAAAUUCUAUAAUUAUAGCCAAAAAAUGGCAGGGAGGUCACAGUACGGGUCAUCGACGAUGAUCGUCACCAACACGCCUGCUGCAGAUCUCGCCCUCACCAAUUUAGCUUAUUGCUCUCCCUCCGAUCUCCGGAACUUCGUCGUACCUGGAUCCAGACUCGCUUAUGCUCUCGUCGGGGACACGUGUGUUCUCUCCGUCGAAAGCCAUGAUGCGAUUCCUAAUGGCCACGUUGCGCUCAAUUCUGGUCAACGGCGACAAGCUAGAGUUUCUACUGCAGAUUCGAUAUCCGUGAGCAGAUUUAUACCACCUGAAAAUUUUGACCUCGCUUUGCUAACAGUUGAGUUGGAAUUUGUGAAGAAGGGUACUAGAGAAGAGCAUGUAGAUGCUGCACUUCUGUCCCAGCAGAUUAAGAAAAGAUUUAAUAAGCAGAUUAUGACAAACGGGCAAAAAGUAAUAUUUGAAUAUCAUGGAAAUCGUUACACUUUCACAGUUAACCAAGCUGCUGUAGAAGGACAAGAAAGAUCCAAAGGUAUUGAGCGGGGGAUAAUUUCAGCUGAUACAUAUAUCAUCUUCGAGGCUUCAGGCUCCAGCGGUAUAAAGAUAGUCAACCAGCGCGAAUCGGCCAGUAGCAGCAUCUUUAAACAGAGAGACUUUAAUCUUCAAUCGCUGGGUAUUGGCGGUUUAAGUGCAGAGUUUGCUGAUAUAUUUCGAAGGGCUUUUGCCUCAAGGGUUUUCCCACCGCAUGUGACCACUAAAUUAGGCAUCAAGCAUGUUAAAGGAAUGCUACUCUAUGGACCUCCUGGCACUGGGAAGACGCUAAUGGCUCGUCAAAUUGGGAAGAUGUUAAAUGGGAAAGAACCAAAGAUUGUCAAUGGACCUGAAGUGUUGAGUAAGUUUGUUGGUGAAACUGAGAAGAAUGUCAGAGAUUUAUUUGCUGAUGCUGAACAGGAUCAAAGAACCAAAGGUGACCAAAGUGAUUUGCAUGUUAUCAUCUUUGAUGAAAUUGAUGCAAUUUGCAAGUCGAGAGGUUCAACUCGGGAUGGAACUGGAGUACAUGAUAGCAUUGUUAACCAGCUGCUCACUAAGAUAGAUGGUGUGGAGUCUCUGAACAAUGUUUUGCUCAUUGGGAUGACCAACAGGAAAGAUUUGAUUGAUGAAGCACUUUUAAGACCUGGACGUCUGGAAGUGCAAGUGGAGAUAAGUCUUCCAGAUGAAAAUGGCCGUUUACAGAUCCUCCAGAUUCAUACAAACAAGAUGAAAGAGAAUUCAUUUCUUGCUCCAGAUGUUAAUCUGCAAGAGCUUGCUGCUAGGACAAAAAACUACAGUGGGGCAGAGCUUGAGGGAGUUGUAAAAAGUGCAGUUUCUUUUGCUUUGAACCGGCAAUUAAGUCUGGACGAUCUUACAAAACCAGUUGAUGAGGAAAGUAUAAAAGUUACAAUGGAUGAUUUUCUUGUUGCCCUUCAAGAAGUCACUCCUGCAUUUGGAGCUUCCACUGAUGAUCUUGAGCGCUGCAGAAUCAAUGGAAUUGUCGAUUGUGGUGAACGACAUUCCCACAUAUAUAGAAGAACUAUGCUUUUGGCAGAACAAGUAAAAGUUAGCAAAGGUAGCCCGCUUAUUACUUGUCUUCUGGAAGGACCAAGUGGGAGUGGAAAGACAGCAAUGGCAGCAACUAUUGGUAUUGAAAGUGAUUUUCCCUAUGUCAAGAUUAUUUCUGCUGAAUCAAUGAUUGGACUCAGUGAAGGCAGUAAAUGUGCCCAGAUUGUGAAGGUAUUUGAGGAUGCUUAUAAGUCCCCUCUAAGCAUUAUCAUCCUUGAUGAUAUUGAAAGGCUAAUAGAAUAUGUUGCAAUUGGCCCACGAUUUUCAAACUUAAUUUCUCAGACGUUGUUGGUACUUCUCAAGCGGUUACCUCCAAAAGGGAAAAAUGUUCUUGUGAUUGGGACAACCAGUGAGGUUAAUUUCUUGAAGAUGGUUGGUAUUCGCGAUGCUUUCUCCGUCACCUACCAUAUUCCAACACUUGGCACAGAAGAUGCCAGAAAGGUGCUGCAACAGCUUAAGGUUUUCUCAGAUGAUGAUGUUGAUUCAGCUGCUGAGGCAUUGAAUGACAUGCCGAUCAAGAUGCUCUACAUGGUAGUUGAGAUGGCGGCUCAAGGCGAGCAAGGAGGAGAAGCGGAAGCUAUUUACUCUGGCCGGCAGAAGAUCAAGAUUAAUCAUUUCUUGAAUUGUCUACAAGAUGUAGUUCAAUAUCAGGAUAAAGACUUGGUCGUAUAUUAGACAUGAUGUUUGCUCCAGUUUACAUGAAACCUGAUUUUUGUAUGAUUAUAUUGAGUUAAUACCAUUUCAUUUACGGGGAGUGGGAUUUUGACGAGGCUUUUGUUAGACAA